AGAAAAGAGUAAAUUUUAGACUUACGGAUAUCUAUGUAUUUUGACAACUGUUCCCGUCAGUUUGUCRCGCGUGACGUUCGAAAUUAUUUUAACUGAAUCGAAGUGUCCAUUUCCGGUAUUCCGAGACUCGACAAAUGAGUAUCACUCAAAUGUUCAAGGUCUAUAACAAGCGCCUUUUUGUUUUAAAUCAGGCCAGGAGUCUUUUAAACCUUAAAAGUAAUUAUUAAAUCUUUAAAAUUUCGAUGAAAUUAAAAACUCCCGGGUAUAUUUUGGAAUUCGUUCCCGGGUGCCGGGUAUCCAGCACUUCCUCUUUGUGGCAUUAUUUCAAGAGUCGUCUAAGAUGGCGAACCGCUUUCGGCAAUUUCGCCUUCUCCUUUGGAAGAAUUUCAUCCUACAGAUUCGCAGACCUUUUGGAACUGCAUUCGAAUUACUGGUUCCCCUGGCUAUUGUUUGUGUUCUUAUUAUACCGAACAACGUUUAAGCCUAUGCUUCUGUCACAAAACUUGAAGUUGGACGUAUUCGGACGGAACAUCAGUCGCAGCAACAUGUAUUUGGUAUUUUAUCCUCCAGGAGAUCCAGUGGCCUCUGUGAUGUCAAAGGUCUCCAGGACUGUAGCAUUUAGUGUGACUGAUAAAAGUGUGAUACAUGGCAAAACGUUUACAAGUAUUGAUGAGGUCAUCGCGGAAGUAAGAGAGCAUGACGAUGUUUAUGUUGGUGUGGUAGUGUUUGAUAUAAAGGAAGGUCAAUCUGAAUUACCAAAGAAGGUGAAGUACACUAUUCGAUUAACAACGAAAAGUUGGGAAAGAUGGAAUACAGAUCAAACAUAUCCAAGUUGGCAAAGGACAGGACCAAGAGAUUAUUCUCAGUAUACAGAGAAGUUUAUACCCAUCCAAUAUGCAGUUGAUAUGGCUCUUAUCCAGGAAAAGACACACAUCCUAUCCAUAAUACCUUUGAAUUUACAGCAAUUUCCGUAUCCUGAUUACAGUACGAAUUAUUUUUCUACUGGAAUAAUACAGCUGAUGCCUUUGCUAUUCACUGUGGCAUUUAUCUAUUCAGCUAUGUCAAUAAUAAAGGAAAUUGUUUUCGAGAAGCAAAACCGUUUGAAGGAGUCUAUGAAAAUGAUGGGUCUGGCCAACUGGGUCCAUUGGGCGGCCUGGUACAUCAAAUGUUUAUUGUUCUUAAUGAUCAGUCUUGUUCUUACUACUGCGAUCUUAAAGGCCUUCAAGAUAUUUGAACACACCAAUGGGUUUUUGUUAUUCUUGUUUUUCUUGUUGUAUGCGAUGUCGGGUAUUUCCUACUGCUUCUUCAUCAGAAUCACACGCUUUGAAGGCUUAAAUGUUGGGAUUACAUUUGAUAGCAUCAAUGAACCAUAUACCCCAGAAGACACAUUUACCAUGGCCUGGGUUUUUGGAAUGAUGUUUAUAUCUAGCGUUGUGUUUAUGGUGCUGACUUGGUAUAUCGAAGCCAUAUUUCCUGGAAAGUAUGGAAUUUCAAAACCAUUCUACUUUCCUUUUUUAAAAUCAUACUGGUGUGGGUACUCUCAUGAUGACAUAAUCGAAGACAAUACUACAAUGGUGGAGAAUAAUGAUGGAGAACUUCACCAUAGCCAUGACGUAGAAGAUGAACCUGCUGACCUAGAAGUAGGCAUUGCCAUAAAGAAUCUGAGAAAAGUCUUUAAGGGUUCUACCGGGGCCAAGGUUGCUGUUGAUGGACUCUCCCUGAAGAUGUUCAAAGGCCAAAUCACCGCACUCUUGGGUCAUAAUGGAGCCGGGAAGACAACWACUAUUUCCAUACUCACUGGCCUCUUUCCGCCGACUUCUGGUUCAGCUGUGAUAGGAAAUAAAAGCAUCCUGACAGAAAUCGAUGCUAUACGAGAUAGCCUGGGACUUUGCCCUCAGCAUAACGUAUUGUUUGACCGACUCACUGUCAAAGAGCACUUGGAAUUCUUUGUCAACUUAAAGGGUAAAUAUGGCCAGGCUGCUAAUGACGAGGUGAUGUCCAUGAUUAAAGAUAUGCAUCUUCUUGAUAAAACAAAUGCAAAGUCUCUCUGGUACAGUAACAAGGGCUAUCAUACAAUCGCUGAUGCACUGAAUGCCAUGUCCAAUAUAUUGUUACGUCGACAUAGAGUUGAUGACUUAAUUGAAACUACUAAUUACCCAAUACCACCAAAGAAAAAGGCAAGUGACGAGGAUGGGGACGAAGUUGGUUUACAGAGUUACCUGGCAAUCUUUCUARCAAUGGGUAUGGGCUUCAUGGCAGCAAGUUUCAUAAUAUUUCUAGUCCAAGAACGUUCUUCUAAGGCAAAACAUUUGCAGUUCGUGAGUGGUGUUCAUUCAAUAUGUUACUGGUUGGCGACCUAUACUUGGGAUUACAUCAAUUAUUUGAUUUCUACCAUUUUUGUUCUAAUACUCAUCGCUGCUUUUCAAGUCGAAGUUGAUCUCGGAACUGUGCUCUUGCUGUUGCUUUUGUUUGGAUUGUGCGUCCUACCGUUUAUCUACUGCCUGUCGUUCGUAUUCACGUCACCACUCAUUGCAUAUGCGUUAACAGUAUUUAUCUUGUCCAUCUUGAGCUUGGGAAUGCUGAUCAUCGUGUUUGUAUAUCGGUUAAUGGGAAAAGACUACAUAGAGGAUGCAAACAUCAUGCAUCAUGUUUUCAUGCUAUUCCCCACCUAUACAAUGUCAAUUGGUUUUCAUGACAUGUCCUCCAACUACAAACGCAGAAAGGCUUGCGAAAUUUCCCCUGAGGCUAUUCGAUCUUGUAAGUCUAGAAACAUCACGUACAMGGAAAAUCUGCUAGAUUGGGACAUGCCUGGUGUUGGACAAGAAGUUCUMUUCAUGCUUCUUGAAGCAAUUGUACUUUGUAUUUUCACAAUUUUAAUCCAGGAUGAGCCUACUAGUGGAAUGGAUCCUGUUGCAAGGCGAUUUCUAUGGAAUGCAUUAAUUCAUGUYAUGAAAGUUGGUCGGUCUAUCGUCUUGACAUCACACAGCAUGGAGGAGUGUGAAGCUUUGUGUACCCGUCUUGCCAUCAUGGUGAACGGUCAAUUCAAGUGUAUCGGUAGUACACAGCAUCUAAAGAGCAGAUUUGGUAAUGGUUAUACACUUAUGAUCAAAGUCAAAGGGAGCGACCAAACCACUAACUCGUCAGCUGCGGUAUCACAAGUAACUCCUGUCGUGCCAGACACAGUCUACGUCAAUCCAACUGCAGCAAAUGGUCUUACASAUGUCCCAGGGAACCCAGUGCACAAURCGACACCUGUUGAUUAUGUUCCUCCUCCAUCAGAUGGAGCUUACCCACAACAGCAGGUACCCCCCAUUGGUACUGACGCUGCUGCUCUCUCGAAGGCAAAGUCUUUCAUCGAGGAGACCUUCAAAGGAGCUGUUCUAAUGGAAUCACAUAGUGGGAUGUUGACGUAUCACAUAAUCAAUGAAGAUCUGACUUGGUCCCAAAUAUUUGGUAAUCUGGAGAGAAACCGUGAAAUACUGGGAAUAGUGGACUACAGUGUUAGUCAAACCACUCUUGAUCAGGUGUUUAUCAAUUUCGCUAAAGAGCAGCACUCUGAAGAAAGAACAAAACUGAAACGAAAGUGUGGAUGUCUACCUUGUUGUUGAACAAACACAGUCUGAAACGCAACUCAGUCUGCACAUCCGCGAUAAAUAUAAUUGUUAAAUAUAUCUCAUAUCUUUGCUGUACAACAAAUAUACAUACACUGAUAUAAUAAUGAUGAUAAUAAUUACAUUUACCAACUCACAAUGAGGGCAGCAAUGAAUGGUCUGAAACACUUGUACAGGGCCGUAGCCAGGGUGAAUGGACAACCGAGGCAAGCGACCGCCGAUGCCGGGAGAAACUAGGGGGGUCUGGGGGCAUUCUCCUCCUAGAAAAUUUGAAAUUCAGUUUCUCGGAAAUGCAAGUUGCAGCGUUUUGUGGGCCUUUUGGUAACUAGUUAUUGAACAGAUUUAACCGGAAUUCAUCAUGCAAUAUUUAUGAAACAAAGAACUACACGUACAAAAUUACGUACAAAAAUAAUAUUAUUUUUAUAUUUUUUUCACAAAAUCAGUCGUACGAAAUCGGCUAUGAGAGGCUAUAAGAUAAUAUUAGUGAUGAAAAACAAAAAGCAUCGGUAAAAUUUUAGCGAGACGAGUGCCUCUGUUGGCCUCUUACUAGUUACUAGCUACGGCCCUGCAUGUUGUGGCCCUCAAACCAUAGAUGGAUUAAUUUACAUCUAUGAAAAACUGAAUGGAAUUAAUCAAUUMAUGAAAAUACAUUGAAUGUAUAAUAAAUUUAAUUGUUUAAAAACCUACCUUAUACAUAAAUAUACAAAAAUGUGAAUCAAAAUGUUAUAAAAUGUCUUAUAAUUUCAA